AACUGACUGGCUCCUCACGUUUUUCUGCGCUUGUUAAACAAAACCACGGAAGAGUCACGUCUAAAAGCAGUUUGCUUUCUUUGAUAGAACACAAAUGUUCCGAGAAGCUGACAAGGCAGCGUUGUAACUACACAGAGGAAGACAAGAAGCGUUUUACUUGCACUUGAGCUCAUAGCAUUACUUCUUUGUAAGAGGUUAGAACGGCGUUAUAUAACGGAAGAUCUCGUCACAGAAGGGCAGUCAAAACCAUGAGGGCGCACCUAUUUCUUAUAACUGUUUCAGACGCAGCUGACUGAACGGCUGCUGCUCGGUCUCCAACAGAUGACUAAGGUACUAUCGCAGCAAGCAACACCGCCCGUUGCUGCACCCGAGUUUCGCCCGUUUUAUAGUAACGAAGAGGAUCUGGUCAGAGUAUUGAACGGAAAUGUACGCCCACUUCGCCGCAUACAAUGUUACAGCCGCGACUGCGACGUUGGUGCUGGCAGACAGUGGAGAACAUCACAAUGCACAUCUGGAACAUCAUCGACACCACCACCACCGCCACCACAACUUCCACAGUGAUGACACGGUACCUGUGGACCAUAGGCAGCGAGUUGAUAAGGUUCCUCAGAUCAUGCACAUAAUACCUGCUGAACACUCGUCGUACGAAGACACUUUACCACCCUACCACAAGUCCCCCAAUUAUGCCGUUCCAAACGUGGAGGACGACACACCUUCCGAUACAUCCAACGACUGUGCUCACGAGCUCAAGCAGCCGUGCCCUGAAGUAUGUAGUCUGCUGUUUGAACCAGUGCUCGCUGAGUGCGACGAUGGGGAGGAGGUCAAAUUCCCCAACUGCUGUGCGCUUCACAUGGCAAACUGCAAGAAACACAAAAAUUGCACUUUAUCAGACAAAAAAGAAAUCCAGCCGGUCCUCAAUCAAUACUGAGACCAGUCACUUCAAGACUAUGAAACUGAAGAAGCUGCAGCCCAGCCAUCCAACACACUUCGACAAAUUUGUGAUAUUACUUU